GCGUACCGCCGGCUGGCUAGGACUUCCCCCAGCCCAGUUGUAUCGUUUUCUUGCCGGGACACACCACACCACACCAUACCGUUUCAAGCAGUACUACAGCCGCUGUAAGAAGACUGCAGCAGUCCUCGGUCUUGCGUGAGUGGCCAGCCAUGGUCGUCCAAGGACGACACGCUGGGUUGUUGGCCAGCCAUGGUCGUCGCAGGGGAUCACGUUGGGGCCAAUUCCGCUCCGCGGUGCGUUUCGAACAUACCUAGUGUCCCCCUUGUUCGGAUGCAGUUCGAUUUCCACGGUUCAGCAUGGUCGGGAACGGUUCUCGCAAUUCACCGUGGCUCACCGCGCACCAGGCCGGACCAGUUGAGGUGAACUUUAGCCAAUUUUGAGAGCCGAAUGAGCUCGUGAGAGGAGCGCCAGUGCUUCCCUCCGACCUCCCUCCCUUCCUCCGCUGACUGAUAUUCUUUUCAGGCAUCGCCAGUGCGCGACGAUUGUCUGUCAGUGCUUGGGCUACUCCGAAGUCAGCUUCUAGUAGCGUCUCUUCCCACUCAUCCUAUCUCCGGAGCCGGUCCCACCAAGGCCGCACAACUUCCGGCGGUUGUUGCGCGAAGCUACACUACUACUAGGAGUACAGAUGCCGCCGCCAAAGUCGGCCGCGAUGCAGCGCCGAACAUGGCUCGCGGCAUUCGCCGCGGCGCUUUGGCUUGCCACGCCCGCCGUCUCCUCGUGCCACGCGGCAAACGUACCGAUCCAUGCAUCUCAAGCCGUGUUUCUCAGCGACUGCCAGAAGGCAUGGGGGACGACGAUCCCAGGGUGGUCCCAGGGAGCCAGCUGUAGCGCUGCUGAAGGUCUCACGUGUGCCCCGUCGGGCAUGAUUACCGCCAUUCGAAUGGAUUCCGCAAACAUUUCUGGUGCUAUUCCCGACAGCAUCUCCUCACUCACUGCACUGACAUGGCUAGAUCUGGAAUUCAAUCAGCUUGUCGGAUCUAUUCCAUUGGGAGUUGGAAACCUCCCUGCAUUGGAGUACCUAGCCCUGACGAGCAAUCAGAUUAUUGGACCCAUCCCAGCAGGAAUUGGAAAUCUCCCCAACUUGAAAGAGCUAUAUCUGGGAGGUAAUCAGCUGAGUGGGCCCAUUCCAGAUGGAUUUGGAAACCUCACAAACUUGGUCACACUUUCUUUGGCGUCCAACUUGUUGACUGGCUCCAUUCCCAACAGCAUCACCUCGCUGAAUCAGCUCAACUAUCUUUAUUUGGCGUUCAACUUGUUGAGUGGCUCCAUUCCCAACAGCAUCACCUCGCUCAAUCAGCUCACCUCUCUAGAUCUGUCUAAGAAUCAGCUUAUGGGGCCCAUCCCAGCUGGAAUUGGAAACCUCACUAACUUGGGGGAGCUUUCUUUGGCGUCCAACUUGUUGACUGGCUCCAUUCCCAACAGCAUCACCUCACUCAAUCAGCUCGCCAUUCUGGAUCUUGGGUACAACUCGUUGACUGGCUCCAUUCCCAACAGCAUCACCUCACUCACUCUGCUCUCCGAUCUGUAUGAAGCUUACUGUGUUCUGUUGGGGAAUCAGCUUUCCGGGCCCAUCCCAGCUGGAAUUGGAAUCCUCACUAACUUGGCCGCGCUCAAUUUGUAUGGUAACCAGCUCAGUGGCUCAAUCCCUGCUGGUAUCGGCUCGCUUGCCUGGCUGACAAACCUACGUCUUGGUAGGAAUCAGCUCACUGGCUCAAUUCCUGCUGGGAUCAGCAGUUUUACAAACCUGGAUUCCCUAGGUUUUGAAGAAAAUCAGCUCUCAGGCUCAAUCCCUGCUGAAAUCGGCAGUCUUUCAAAUUUGACAGCCCUGAGUUUUUGCCCGAAUCAGCUCACUGGCUCAAUCCCUGCUGCAAUCAGCAACCUUACACGUCUUCAAUUCCUGCGCAUAGAAAGUUGUCAGGUGUCUGGCUCAAUUCCUGCUGCAAUCGGCUCUCUGAAAUCCCUGCAAUGGAUGUAUCUCGGAGGCAUUCAGCUCAACGGCUCUAUUCCUUCUACUAUUGGCUCGUUGGCAGGAACUUUGGGCUUAAUGGAUCUCUCAAACAGCUCGUUGACUGGCUCCCUUCCCGACAGCAUCACCUUGCUCAUUCGGCUCUCCCAGCUAUCUGUGGCAAGGAAUCAGCUUAUCGGGAACAUCCCUUAUGGAAUUGGAAACCUCUAUAAGCUGAGCUCGCUGGAUCUCUCGUCCAACAUGUUCACUGACUCCAUUCCCAGCAGCAUCCUCUCGCUCACUCAACUGGUUUCUCUAAAUUUAGGUGGAAAUCCCUUAAAUGGAUCCAUUCCAGCCUCUCUUGACUCAAUGGUCAUGUUGGAGAAUCUAAAUCUGAGUGGAAGCCACUUGAAAGGGUCCAUUCCAACUACUCUUGGCAACAUGGGCAGCUUGAAGUCUCUGUACAUGAAUGAUAACCAGCUCACUGGGAGCAUUCCGGGCUUCAACAACACAAUGAAUCUGACUGAACUGGUGUUGAGUGGGAAUCAGCUGAGUGGGCUCAUCCCCCCCUCUAUUACCUUCUGCAAACAGCUUCAACGUCUGUGGCUCGACAACAAUUCACUGAGUGGGAUCCUUCCAAAACUUCUUGGGAUUAUGACUCAGCUUACCUCCUUGAGAAUCAAUGACACUAGUCUCAGUGGAACAUUGCCAACAUUUCUUGGGAGUUUCAGUUCCCUCGAUUCACUCAACAUCAGCGGCACAAACCUCACGUGCCCACCGGACUACAUCGCCUGUGGACCAACACAGUCGCCUAAGACAGCCUUCUGUCGAACGUGCCCUUCCUUCUGCAGCACUUGUGGCAAACCAUCACCAGGGUCAGCCACAAGCAACAGCAGCCCCAGCAGCACCGAGUCAUCUUCACCAGCAGCAUCUGGAGGAGGGGGUGUGUCGGUGGGAGUCAUCAUUGGCAUUGCCGUUGCGGCUGGGGUCAUUCUUCUGCUUCUCAUUGCGGCUGGGGCCAUUCUUCUCUACUUCAGGCACAAGAUGGAGCAGAAGAAAACAAGCCUGGAAACCAGCCUGGCCGCUGCACACUGCACCGAGUUCUCUCUGGCUGAGGUCCUCAAGGCCACCAACAAUUGGUCGGAGGACAACCAGCUUGGCUCGGGUGCCUUUGGUGAUGUCUACAAGGGCGUGUCUCCCCGCGAUGGCACCACAGUGUGGGCUGUGAAGCGAGCCAAGCUGAUUGACGUGGAUUUCCAGAGGGAGAUCCUCCAAAUGGCCGACAAGAACCAUCCCAACAUUGUGCGGCUGCUCGGGUUUGCGGUUGGAGGGGACGUGAGGUCGAAAAUCGAGCAGAUCUUGAUCUACGAGUUUGUGUCCAAUGGCGAUCUCCACAAGUGGAUUGAUCGCGAUGCAUCCAAUCCUCUAAGCUUCAAGCAGCGGCUGGACAUUCUCAUUGGAAUUGCACGCGGCUUUGAGUACCUCCACAGCUUCGACAUUGUGCAUCGCGACAUCAAGCCGGCAAACAUCCUCAUUACUGCUGACAUGCAGGCCAAGAUUGCAGACUUUGGGCUUGUGAGGGCGGGAGAGGGCACCACAGUGGGCGCUACUCGAGUCAUGGGAACGCCGGGCUAUCUGGAUCCAGUUUACUCCAGGACGUCACUGGCAACUUCUGCCAGCGAUGUCUACAGCUUCGGUGUGCUCAUGCUUGUGGUCCUCACGGGGGAGGCUCCAAUUGUUGAGUCGGCUGGAGAAACCAGGCAGAUCACUUCUUGGGCAUUCGAGUGCGUGACCUUGGGUGACUUGGGGAGCCUCACUGACUCCAAAAUUGAGGCCCCUGGGGAUGCUGUGCUGCGUGUGACUCAGCUGGCGAUCAGCUGCACUGUGGAGCGCACUGCAAGCCGGCCAAGCAUGGCUCACAUUGCCAACGAGCUGAAGGCCAUCCGGGAUGAGGUGGCGGGGAAGGAUGAGCUGAGCGCUGCGAAGAAGGUGGAUGCGCAGGUGCAGGAGAUGAAGGAGGCAUUUGGAGAUGUGGAUGCGUUUGAGGAGUCACUCAAGAUGAUUGGGGAGAGUUUUUCCAACGAGAACCAUGUCUAAAUCCGUUAAGGGUGUGAUCAUCGGAGGCCGGCUUCAGAUUUCUUAGUACCGUUGAUGUAAGUUGCCUUUUUGUUCUAUGAUGGUGGUGUUUUAUUUUGUUUGCAUCAUGUCAUCGUACUGUUGAUCAUUUUUGUCAAACGUGUGUAUUUGUCAUGUUUGUAUAGACUGUAUAGGGUCGCCUCUUAG